UCCCCUCCCCUCCCUCCUUUCCGUGGUUUCUCUGUCUCCCUCCAAGUCUUCUCCAUUAAGCCCUCAAAGCCUUUUACGCUGCCUGGCUGCCCAUUUCCGUAAAUAGUCCGCCAUUCCUUCUUCACUUGUUACCGGGAUUCUAGUCACUCCCCACCUCUCCUGUAUGACACUUGGAGGAGGGCACAAUUCACUUUGCGGCAGCUGCUUGUAGAAACCGGAAGUUUUACGGCAGCGACUGGGAGAAAAGAAAACAGAGAGGCGAGAGCGACAAAAAAGCAGCCUGUGCGCUGCGAGAAUAGACGGGAGAGAAGUGUCUGUGUAUUGACGGAAUAGGAACAUUGUAUAUUAGCAGCUGCCACAUUUGUACCCGCAUAGUGUCCACAUACACUGUUUUCUCCUUGGUUACAUUCGGGACCUCAGCUGAUCCCUGGAGACUCCCUGCCUUGAGCCAAUGCUGGAUCUGGAGGUUGUACCAGAGAGAUCUUUAGGAAACCAGCAAUGGGAAUUUACACUAGGAAUGCCCUUUGCUCAGGGAGUAGCCAUCCUCCAAAAGAAUUGCAGGACCAUCAGAAAUGUUCAGAUCCUUUAUAGUGAUCAGUGUCCUUUAAACCAUGACCUCAUCCUUAGCUUGACUCAAGAUGGAAUUAAACUGCUGUUCGAUGCCUUUAAUCAGAGACUAAAGGUGAUAGAAGUCUAUGAUUUGACCAAAGUGAAAUUAAAAUACUGUGGCGUUCACUUCAACUCGCAAGCCAUUGCACCUACCAUAGAACAAAUAGAUCAAUCAUUUGGAGCAACACACCCAGGAGUAUACAAUUCUGCAGAGCAACUGUUCCACCUUAAUUUCCGUGGUCUGUCUUUCUCUUUCCAAUUGGAUUCCUGGACAGAAGCUCCCAAGUAUGAGCCAAACUUUGCCCAUGGAUUAGCUUCCCUCCAAAUCCCGCAUGGGGCCAUGGUCAAACGAAUGUUCAUCUACAGUGGAAAUAGCCUCCAAGAUACAAAGGCUCCUAGUAUGCCACUUGGGUGUUACCAUGGCAAUGUAUACACAGAGAGUGUUGAUGUUCUUCGAGAUGACUCUGGACCAUUGGGGCUACGACUUCGUCUGCUUAGUACUGGCUGUGGCCCAGGUGUAAUGGGAGAUGCCAAGUUAAGAGUUUCAGAGCGAUGUAUACACUUUGGUGAUUCUUGCCAAGAUGUGUUGAGCACUCUAGGGGCACCUCAUAAAGUAUUCUUCAAGUCUGAAGACAAGAUGAAAAUCCAUUCACCAUCUCCUCACAAACAGGUUUCUUCUAAGUGCAAUGACUAUUAUUACAACUAUUUUACCAUGGGAGUGGAUAUUCUCUUUGAUGCAAACACACACAGCGUCAAGAAGUUUGUAUUGCACACAAAUUAUCCUGGACAUUACAACUUCAACAUCUACCAUCGUUGUGAUUUCCGGAUUCCUUUAACAGUAAAGAGAGAUAAUUCAGAAAACCAAACAGAAAUCUGUACCACAUACAGCAAGUGGGACAGUAUUCAGGAAUUUCUGGGGCACCCCGUGGAGAAGCCAGUUGUACUUCACAGGUCUUCUUCUCCAAACAACACAAACCCGUUUGGAUCUACUUUUUGCUUUGGCCUCCAGAGGAUGAUUUUUGAGGUUAUGCAGAAUAACCACAUAGCAUCUGUUACUCUGUAUGGAGCCACAAGAUCCAGCGGGCAGCAGAAACCUUCCGAGCCAAGCCAAUAAACCUGAAACAGCUAGUGGGGAAGUAUAGUCCAGUGUGCCUUGAUUUGCACCCUGAUACCUACACAAAGCAGAGCUUGAAUAACCAUGCUGUGUCUGCUGUUUGCAGAACAGGGGGUGCGACUAGAUUGUGGGUAUCUACAACUGCCGUCCAUGUUCCUCCGUUCUGCAGAAGGCCUCCUAAAAGUCAGUGUUGUCAGCGUUCCUCAAGCCUAAUGAAGGGAGAAGUCCAGGCUGGCAGAGCGCUGUAUGCUGCAUCAAUAAGCACAAGUACAUGUGAGACAGGAGCAGGAAGCGAGGAGCCUGCGUAUUAGUGUUACUCUUUUCACCUGAUAGUCACAUCUGUAUGCUAUUACUGUAUAUAUACAAGUAUGAUGUUAACACAUUGAUUUCUGUGGCUUUGGAUACUUUACAUGCAACUGGCGUGCUUGUAUGUACAGUAUGUAUGUAUGUAUGUAAGUACGUACGUGUGUGUGUAUAUAAUAUAUAUAAUGAUUUGUUUCUAUGCAUGUGUACAUAUACACACAUACAUAUAUAUCAUGUGACUAGAAACUCCAAACACAUGCAGAAUCCUUGCAUAUUUUUGCAGUAAUAUAAUACAUUUCUUGCCAUGCUGUAAAACAAGGGCAGGCAUUGCUUUGCUCCCCAACUGUUGCAGCACUACAAUUGACAGAAUCUGGCUUAUGAUCCUGGGAGUGGUUUUUCAGCACUAUACCUUCUGUAGAGCAUUGCAUUGCUGUCAUUACUUAAACAUCCAUUUCUUCUGCUCCUUUGAAUAAAUGUACAAACCCUUUGCUUUCUAACUGCUAUAGCAGCCAGAAAUAGGCAAGUGUAUGUGAUAUACAGCAGAAAUGGCAUGAAGUGGUUUGGGAAUUUCAGCAUGAUGUUACUUGCUGCUGCAGUGGUCAACAUUUUUGUUUUUAGGACAUCAGUCUGUCUUAAUCCCAUUGUAGCCAAAGGCCACUACAGACAUUGUACACAGUAGGAACACAAGCAUAUGGUUCCGGUGAAUGUGAGAAUGUGUAUUAGUUAUCCUCACCGCAGAAUUAUCCUGUGGGGGGGGGUUCUAUUUCAUGUAAGCAUGUAAUGUUCUGCAAGUUACCUCUGAGAUGUGAGCACAAAGAUGAACUUGCUUGUUACUUGGUCGCACCAUUUGCACUACAUACACUUUAUUUGAUCAGUCAUCUUGUCCACUGGGCAGCCUUCGAAUGUGGACCCAGAAGACAUAAGGCUGAGAGAAAUAUUUAUGCGACAGGGAAGAUUUCCCCCUUUUUCCUGCACUAUUAAUUACUUGACCUACGUAAUAAUUUUAUUUUAGAGUUAAUUUUCCUGAACAACUCAAAUCAUCUUUGUUCUGUUAAAUCCAUAUUCUCUUUCAACAUCCUUCUCUUUUUGAUCAUUUCUGAUAUGAUUUCCAUGAUGUCCAUAGCCUAAACUAAACCGUUUAAUUUAAAUUGUGAGUGAACAUGUGCCUCCUUUGUCGAUCACUUCAUAACUGUGCUGGAUUUUUUUGGCAAAAAAAAAUGUAUACCUUUUGCUACAGUGUUUCGUUUGAGGCCAAAUUCCCCAAAAAAUGCAUUCAUUUUAGUGGGAUAAUGUUAUUCUCCAUCCUAUACAGCAGCCAAAGACCAGCUCAGCGCAAGGAAUAUUGUUUUUAUAAGCUGGAAUAAAGCAGUGACUGAAAGGCACAGUAUAAUGCAUUGCUCUGCAAUCUGAAGCUCAUGGGAAUACUACUGAGAGAUAGGUUCCUGCAGCGAUGUGACCACAAGAGAUCGGAAAAGAGUGGCAGUUCAGCAACAUGAAAAAAUUUAAUAUUGCUAAGAAGUUGGAUGUCUGUCUACUGAGCAAUGCAUUCUGUGCCUUUUUAAGCCAGAAAUGUCUGUGCCCAGCAAACUCUGUAUAAUUCACUGGAAUCUGCAACUACCUUUCUCUGUAGUUAGGAGUAUAAGCUGGUUAAGAUAUAUGGUUAUAGUGGAAAAUCAUGUACGUCGUGUAGCAAUACAAGUGUGGUGGUAGACAGGCAGUGAAACAAUAACAUACCCCCACUUGUACUAUUUUGGUGUAGCAACUUGUGAUACAUGGACAAAUUUAACGUGUUUCCCAAAUCCUGUGUACAGAACUUUGUAUAUAAGGACAUUUUUUGUACAAGCAACUUGCGUUUAUGGGAUAUCAACUAGUAGGAGACAGAACCAACAGGAAAAAAAACGCCAGGACCAACCCCCAGGAUAAUGUGAUGAGAGCAAAUUCACUACUUUCUGUCUUCCUCCUAUCAAAGUGUGUUCCUGUUAUACCUGCUAGUGGACUAGUAUUGAAAGUUUCUACAGUGUCACCUUGCCAUGGCAGCUGAGGGGAUUAUAUAGUAAAAGCUGAAUGUUCUCUGCUGCACAUUGUCUGUAGUUUAUUAUCCACUUAUUUGCAGGCCUUGGGUAGACUCUUCUUAUGGUGUAUUUGCUGCUUUUCUUUAUUUUGUUUACAUUGCUCGUCCCUUAUAGUAUUAUGCCCUAUAGGUCAUAUGACAUUACCUGCCCAGGUAACUGGCUGCACAGGAAAAGCACAGCCGAGUCUUGGCUGAGAAGAAAGAAGCUAUAACUGUAUAUUUGUGGGUUAAUUUUGGAGCUGUUCAACCAAGUGUACGGUAUCCUUUGGGGUGCUCUUUUGUGCAGUGGGCGGCUCGAAAAAUCCUGUUUUGAUUAAGAUGUUUAUCCUUUUUUUGUUCAUAUUUUUGGUUUUAUAAGAAUUGAAAUCUGUAGCCCCAAAAAGCAUGUGUACCUAUAGGCCAAUAAAGGGAGACCCUUUGUCACAA